GCCCAAGAGACUCACUGCUACUCGCGCUCUUGCCACCGUCUACUCUCCAACCCUUCUGCCAUCCCUCGGCACCAGCUCGCUGACGCUACCGCCACCCCUACCGCCAGGCCGCAUAGCCGUGCUCCGCUCACCUUCUCUCGCGCUACAGUCUCAAGGGUAGCUAGCCAAGCUACCAAGCUCGUCAGGAGCGAGAGAAAGAGGCCGCCGGCGGUGCGCGGGGAUGAUGAUGAUGAGCAGCGGCCGGGCGGGCGGCGGGGCCACCGCGGGGCGGUACCCGUUCACGGCGUCGCAGUGGCAGGAGCUGGAGCACCAGGCGCUCAUCUACAAGUGCCUGGCGUCCGGCAAGCCCAUCCCUUCCUACCUCAUGCCGCCGCUCCGCCGCAUCCUCGACUCCGCCCUCGCCACGUCGCCGUCCCUCGCCUACCCGCCGCAACCCUCACUGGGCUGGGGCUGCUUCGGGAUGGGCUUCACCCGGAAGGCCGACGAGGACCCGGAGCCCGGGCGGUGCCGGCGCACGGACGGCAAGAAGUGGCGCUGCUCCAAGGAGGCGUACCCGGACUCCAAGUACUGCGAGAAGCACAUGCACCGGGGCAAGAACCGUUCAAGAAAGCCUGUGGAAAUGUCCUUGGCCACGCCGGCCCCGGCGCCGGCCCCCGCCGCCGCCACAACCGCCACCGCCACCUCAUCCCCGGCGCCGUCCUACCACCGCCCGGCCCACGACGCCACGCCGUCUCCGUACCACGCGCUGUAUGGAGGCGGCGGCGGCGGCGGCGGUAGCCCUUACUCGGCGUCGGCACGCCCAGGAGCAACCGGAGGCGGCGGCGCGUACCACCACGCGCAGCAUGUGAGCCCCUUCCACCUCCACCUCGAGACCACCCACCCGCACCCGCCGCCGCCCUACAACUACUCCGCCGACCAGAGGGACUACGCGUACGGGCACGCGGCCGCCAAGGAGGUCGGCGAGCACGCCUUCUUCUCGGACGGCGCGGGCGAGCGGGUCGACCGGCAGGCCGCGGCGGGGCAGUGGCAGUUCAGGCAGCUCGGGGUGGAGACGAAGCCGGGCCCCACGCCGCUGUUCCCCGUCGCCGGGUACGGGCACGGCGCGGCGUCGCCGUACGGCGUGGAGAUGGGCAAGGACGACGACGAGCAGGAGGAGAGGCGCCGCCAGCACUGCUUCGUUCUUGGAGCCGACCUGCGGCUGGAGCGGCCGUCGUCGGGCCAUGGCCAUGGCCAUGACCAUGACGACGCCGCCGCCGCGCAGAAGCCGCUCCGGCCCUUCUUCGACGAGUGGCCGCACCAGAAGGGGGACAAGGCCGGGUCGUGGAUGGGGCUCGACGGCGAGACGCAGCUCUCCAUGUCCAUCCCCAUGGCCGCCACCGACCUCCCCGUCACCUCCCGCUUCCGUAACGGUGGGCACUACGAGUGAUGCCACAUCAAACCUGGCGCUGGAAACUCGGAACGUAUGGUGCUGAUGCUGACCAUGAGAUGUACCGUUUCGCUCAAGGCCGGCCGUCAUCACCACGGCCACAUCAAACCGGUUUGAAGAACUUGGGAAGGCCGAAUGAAACCUCCAGAAGAAUGAUCUGUCCUCUUUUUCUCCAUUUUCUUUUUUCUUUUAGUAUUACUCUGUAUUGCUUCGCGUGUAAUAUGUUUUCCUGUAAUAUCAAGUGAGGGCGUUUCUGAAUUCUCAUGCAGCAUUUGGGCUCA